AGAGGUCCUUGUAGUGUUAUUAGAGUUACCUCUUUUGCCUGAGAUGGGGAAGUAUUUGUGGUGUAAACUUUGAAAACAUUUCGGAUUUGUAUGUGAAUUUCGGAAGCUUAUGAAAUAAUUUUGGUGCCAUAAUCAGCAUACACUGUGAGAGAGAGAGAGUGUCAUUCAACAGUAACAGGCAUUUGGGGAAAGAGUCCUGAUACUGAAAGUCAGAUUGUUACUCUUAGAGGUUGCUCAAUGAGGAUGAAGUUCUAGACUGCAGUGGCCUGGUUGGAAAGAAUUUGAUCAAAUAUCAGAAUGACUCGUCUUACUGCACCAUUGCUGAGAAAACCAGGUAGAAGGCCAGCUAUUCCUCCAUUUCAGUUCCAGGAGAUUCUCCCAUUGGCAUUAAAAAACAGAAUUUCUGGUAAAAGUGGAGCAGAUAAUGAAGUUUGUUGCCUACCCGAGAUGAUGAAUAUGUUGAGCUGCUUUAGAGGUCAUGAUUUUGAUCAGUCAAAAUGUGGUAAAGAAAUGCAAGCCUUUCAGACAUGUUAUGUCAAUCAUUUGAAAAACCUUCAAAUAAAACGUAAAAAGGAAAGCCUUGGCCUGGUACCUGGAUUGAAUUACACAGAAAUGUCCCCUACACAAGUUAAUAGAUUAUUAAAGAUUUAUCCUUUACUAAAAUAGAAGAAGAAAUCUUUAUUUAGAAACUUGAAAUAAAAACCUUGAAAACUUAACAGACUCCUGAAGUUUGAACUUGUUUUAUAUUACUGUAGAUUCAGGUACUCAGUUGUGAAUUUUCAUGGAUCUUAGUGACAAUAAAGUUUUAAGUUUUUAAAAUGGU